AUGGCCGCCUCGCCGUACACGUUGCCCAAGCUCCCCUACGCUUACGAUGCCCUCGAGCCUCACAUCUCAGCCCAGAUCAUGGAGCUGCACCACAGCAAGCACCACCAAGCAUACGUCACGAACCUGAACAAGGCCAUCGAGACCUACAACGCCAACCCCCUCCAAAACCGCAUCGCCGUCCUCGCCACCCUCAACUUCAACGGCGGCGGCCACAUCAACCACUCCCUCUUCUGGGAGAACCUGGCCCCGGCCUCGAGCCCGGACGCCUCGCCCUCGGCGGCGCCCGCGCUCACGGCCGAGAUCACGCGCGUCUGGGGCGGCCUCGACCAGUUCAAGCAGGCCUUCAACGCCGCGCUGCUGGGCAUCACCGGCAGCGGCUGGGGGUGGCUCGUCAAGGACGACGUGACGGGCCUCAGCAUCGUCACGACAAAGGACCAGGACCCCGUCACCAAGGGCGUGCCCGUCUUUGGCGUCGACAUGUGGGAGCACGCGUACUACCUUCAGUACCUCAACGGAAAGGUGGCGUACGUCGACAACAUCUGGAACGUCAUCAACUGGAAGACGGCCGAGUCGAGGUUUUCGGGGUCCCGUGAGGACGCUUUCAAGGCACUCAAAGCAGUUCUCUAA